GGGGGAAAGGAGAGAGAGAGGGGGGGGGAAGCAGGAGGAGGAGGAGAGAACGCGCAGAGAGAGCGGCGGCGUCGGUGCGCGGUGCGCGGCAGCGGGAGCGGAGCGCGAACCAAAAGGAGACACGCAGAGAGAGGAGAGUGGAGUGGAGAGAGUGGAGUGGAGAGGAGAGAGAAGCGAGCAGGAGCGAGAGACGAGGCAGGCGUCGUCGAGCCGGGAGCCCCCCAAACUUCUCCUCCCGGGCCCCCCACCACUCCAAGCGAUGGAGGAGGCGGCGGCGGCGGCUGCUGCCGCUGCUGCUGCGGCUGCCGUGGCGUCGGAGCAGUUCCAGGCCCACCCGGGCCUCAAGCAAACCCUGCGCCAGUUCCACCUGAGCAGCAUGUCCUCGCUGGGGGGGCCCGCCGCCUUCACGGCGCGCUGCGCCUACGAGCUCAUCUCUCGCAAGGACGCGGCCGAGGCCCCCGCGGGCCUGCAGAGGCCUCCGGCCCUGCCGGGGCCCCUGCUGGUGCCGCCCGACAGCUCCACGGAGCGCUGCGGGACUCUGCUGGAGGGCGAGAACAUCACCUGCUUCGUGGUGGGCGGCGAGAAGCGUCUGUGUCUGCCGCAGAUCCUCAACACGGUGCUGCGAGACUUUUCGCUGCAGCAGAUCAACCAGGUGUGCGACGAGCUGCACAUCUACUGCUCGCGAUGCACCGCCGACCAGCUGGAGAUCCUCAAGGUGCUCGGAGUGUUGCCCUUCGCGGCGCCCAGCUGCGGGCUCAUCACCAAGACGGACGCAGAGCGACUCUGCAACGCGCUGCUCUACGGCUGGGCCAGCCCGGCCGCGGGCCGCAAGGGGAUGGGGGCCGCGGCGGCCGGCGGCGGCCUCGGCGGUGGCCUCGGAGGAGCGGCCGGCGACGGCGUUAGCGGCGGGGCCGGCGGAGUCGUCGGCGGUGGUGGCGGCGGUGGUGGCGGUGGGUUGGGAGACUGUUCCCCGCCCGGUGGUGGUGGUGGUGGCGGUAGCGGCGGUGGUGGCGUGGGCCCGGCGCUUAUCCGUCCUGACAAAAGCAUCAGGAUCUACCACGAGUGCUUCGGCAAGUGCAAGGGCCUCUUCGUGCCCGAGCUGUACACGCACCCGGGCGCGGCGUGCGUGCAGUGCCGCGACUGCCGCUUGCUGUUCCCACCGCAGCGCUUCGUGGCGCACUCGCACCGCAGCCCCGAGAACAGGACGUGUCACUGGGGCUUCGACCCGGCGCGCUGGAGGCGCUACCUGCUGCUGAGCGAGGAGUACGCGGAACGCGCCGAGCGGGAGAGGAUGCGCGGCCUCCUUGACGCGCUCAAGGAGCGCUUCGAGCCGCACGGAGCGGCGGCCGCGCACGCCGGGAAGAGGGCGGCAGCGGCGGCCGUAGCAGCGGUGGCGGCACUCGGGAGCAAGGUGGGGAGUUCACACGGGAAAGUGGCCGUAAAAGGCCGCGGGGCGCCGCGACGCAGGAAAGUGCUGGGCGGCUCCCGCUCGCUUUUCGCCGUGGACGGAAUGGGGAAGUUUGAGGCGUCCGGGCCCCGCGGUUCCCCGUCUCGUCGGUGGGACAAAACACAGACGAGCUGCCUGGUCACCACGGAAACUAAUGUUCUCUUCGAGUCUCGCAUGCCGGGGGGCGGGGAUAUCGAGAUUCACGGCUCCCACUGA